CGAGUUCCAUGUGGAACGAUACGAGUAAAGAUGGGACGUUUGCGUUUAUAAUUAUUUACAUUUUACAUUAGUUAAUUUCACAUUCUGCUGCAGUGUCAGUGACUGUGAAAUACGUAGAUUCAUUUAUUAAUGAAUUCAAGUAUCGCGAGGUUUCCAUCAAAGAAGACUGAAAGGAUUAUAGCAAAAGUGAAUUGUCGAGUGAGUGAAAGUCGUUUGCAACAUUUUGACCUCGUUGAUACCUUCAUCAGCAAUGAUAUCCUCGUGACACAUUCCAUGCAUUUUUUCUUCUAAAACGAUUAAGCUCGAGGGAAAGUAAUUGCUAGAAAUUAGAAAAAGGGAUUUUUAAAAACAUCAAACUCCAUAAUGACCAGCACGGAGUCACGUGACGUAAUCCGCGUUGGUUCACGGAAAAGUGAGCUGGCUUUGAUUCAAACUAGGCAUGUUAUCAGUUGUUUAAAGGAAUAUUAUCCAAUGAAAAAAUUUGAAAUAGUAACAAUGAGCACAAAAGGUGAUAAAAUUUUGGACAAGUCCUUGCCAAAAAUUGGAGAAAAAUCUCUUUUCACAGAGGAGCUCGAGUUGGCCCUAGAGCAAGGAAGAGUUGAUUUUUUGGUUCAUUCGUUAAAAGACUUGCCCACAACCUUACCCAAAGGAAUGAUCCUGGGUGCAAUACUGAAACGCGAAGAUGAACGUGAUGCCGUAGUAAUGUCUAAAAAACACCAAGGUGAAAAACUAGAUACAUUGCCAGAAGGGAGUGUAAUUGGUACGAGUUCAUUACGAAGAUCCGCACAAUUAGCGAGAAAUAUGCCGAAAUUGAAAGUAGAGAAUAUUCGAGGAAACUUGAACACGAGAUUGAAAAAACUGGACGACGAAGACGGACCUUUUUCAGCAAUCAUUUUGGCAGCAGCGGGAUUGAAAAGGAUGGGCUGGCAAGAUCGGAUAAGUCAGAUACUGGAACCAGAGGAGGCCUUGUAUGCCAUUGGCCAAGGAGCCUUAGGCGUUGAGUGCCGAGAGUCAGACUGGGAAAUCCUUUCUCUUCUGGAACCAUUGUAUGACGUUGAUUCUACGCUCAGAUGUGUUUGUGAACGAUCCUUUUUGAAAACUCUAGGCGGUGGUUGUUCUGCACCUGUUGCCGUUUCCUCUUCUCUGGAAGGAGAGAAUUUAACAAUCACGGGUGCCGUUUGGUCCCUGGAUGGCCAAACUUUAAUUCAAAAUACUUUAAAAAGGAAAUUGUUUAUACCGGAUGACGAUGGUGAACCUCCAAAAAAAUGUCCAUAUCGAGAACCUCGCUUAUACUGCAGCGUCGCACCGGGAAAAGUGAGUGGCCUAAGUCUUGCAGGUGCCGAAGACCUUGGAAAAGAAGUCGCGAAAAAUCUGGUGGACAAAAACGCUUUGGAAAUCAUGUCCGCGGCUAGAAACGAAAUUCUUAACUCAUCUUAACCCUCUAAACCCUUGUUUAUUUCGAAUCCAGAAAACUGAUCCAAAUUGGUACUUAUGUUUACCAUAUUUGGUACGAGCUCAAGCCUCGAAAUGUAGCUCGUUUAAAUAUUUUGAAAUGUAGCUCUCUGUAAAUAAGAGACUACGCAAACGGCUGCGAACAUGUUUUCAUUCAUUAAACAUGGAGUCUAAUUUUCUAAAACUUUAAACUAGUGCCAAUCAGUAAACUGGGACUUGCAAUACCAGCCCAUGUUUUGUUAAUUUUUUUUUUAGUCAAAAGAUUAUAUACAUGGUUACCAAAAUCAUAUUCCAGUCAGUUUAGGGUCUUGUUCCACAAACCAGCAUUACCAGUGAGUCCUUUAUAUCGGUUCUUUUUGUAUCGCCCUGUACAUAUUUCAGCAGGAUUUAAAAAAAAUCUCUGCACUUCCAAAACAUUUAUUAUAUGUACAUAAGAAAUCAUGAUUAUCACUGCCUUUUCUAAUGAUCUACAGCGCAACAGACUCGGGAACUUGAAAAAUUUAUUGAAAUUCAAACUGAUUUUUCACCGACAUGGGUAUGGGGUCAUUCACAAAAUAUGUGAGCAUGAUGCAGAGGGGACUUAAAAGUCCCUAAAAAAUGUAUCGGAUAUUUUCUGAAUGGGGCCCCUAUCUACCUCCGAAAUUCGGCAAAUAAUAUAUUGUGCAGUAAAAUGUGCAUCGUUAGUAACUUAUAUAUAAUUGUAUGUAAGAAAGUAUUAUUAUGGUGGAAAGUAAACUUAAAAUAUGACAAUGGUGUUGACUUUUUAAGUCUACAAAUUAUAUUUAUCUGUUACUCAAUGACCUACACUGUUGUCUGUACAAUGCUUAUAUCAAUACAUGUUAUUAUUACAAACAUUAUACGAUUUGUAUGCAAUAUAUAUGUAUAAAAUGUACAUUUCGAACGGCUUGUUGCAGGCAACGUAAAAUAGGGGAUUUUUCUAAGCGAUUCUAGAAUUGUAAAUAAAAAAAAUGGUAAAUUAUUGUUAAUAAAAAUGGAGGUUGUGUCGUUGAAAA